AUGGCUCAUUCUACAAAUUCUUAUUCUGAUUUUGUAUCAACAGUUGUUCCAAAUGAUGAAUAUGAUGAAGAAAUCUAUGUAAAAAAGAGAAUUGAUGAUAGAAAAUAUGUUAAAGGAUUGAGAAAGAUUAAAGAAGCAAAAAGGAAGAAGAAUAGUGGGGACAAUCGUGCAACAAUAAAAAAGCAAAAAAAUAUGAAAGAGGAAAAGACUGUGAAAGAUAUAUUGAAGGAGUUGCCUUCAAUAAACACUAGAUCGACACCUGGAUUGAUGACGGUGGCUGUAAGUUCUUUAACAUCAGAACAAAAAGAUUGGGUGAAGCGGAUGGGAUUUAAAGCAUUUUUGAAGAUCAAAAUUAAGAGUAUUCCUUUAAAACUUUGCCAUUUUGUGCUUGAGCAUUAUGACGAAGGCACGGACAAUAUUUUGAUUCGCGGAAAAAGAAUAAAGAUCACAAAGGAAAAAAUUCAUAAAGUGUUCGGUUUACCUAAAACUAGAAAAAGCUUAUUUGACUUGGAUAUGCUAAUCUACAGCGAUGAAAUUGAAUGCAAGCUCCAAAAAAUAGAACGUAAAACACCAUUAGUUACGAUGUGGACAACAGAUAAGUUGAAUGAAAGACAAUCUUUUGAGAUUGAAGCUGGUGGAUUUGGGGUUGGAAAUCUAAUUGAACAAAAUUCAAAUUUGGAAGGUGGCAAGAAUGAGAAUCAGGACACACGUAUUGAGGUAUAUUCAAAAUAG